AGUUGGAGCAUGCGCAAUAAGGAUAGCUAUGAUGGCCGCGAUCGUAAAGCAGUUAAAUUUUUCAUAGAGAUAUAAAAGAAAUUGAAGGGGAAUCGUUGGCUACUGAAGACGUUUACAUAUAAAUAAUUCUUUACUUUGAAAUUUAGCGUUUAAUUAUAUUGUAGUAAAAACAUUUCAAGUGAUUAUGUCGUCCAUGUGUGGAGGAAGCAAAAAGAAAGAAUCAUCAAAAAUGAGAAUUCGAGCCUUUCCAACUAGUAUGGAUGAGAAAUUUGUUGAAAGUAUAUGGGCUCUCCUCAAGAACGCUAUACAAGAAAUUCAAAAGAAAAACAAUAGCGGUUUAAGUUUUGAAGAACUCUAUCGAAAUGCCUACACAAUGGUCCUCCAUAAACAUGGUCAAAAACUUUAUGACGGAUUACAAAUUGUUCUACAGGAACAUCUCGUAAACAAAGUUCACAGCGACAUACUCGAAUCGCUCAACAACAAUUUUCUAUCGUCCUUAAACACCGCUUGGUCAGAACAUCAGACAGCGAUGAUGAUGAUUCGAGAUAUACUAAUGUAUAUGGACCGAGUUUAUGUUAAACAGAGCGGCGUAAAAAAUGUAUACGAUUCCGGAAUAGAGAAAUUUAAAGAUUGUGUAGUUUAUUCACAACAAAUUAGAGAUAAAUUAAGGAAUAUCCUGCUACAAAUGGUUGCCCAAGAAAGAUCUGGAGAGGUUAUUGAUAGAAUCGCUGUGAAAAAUGCGUGCAGUAUGUUAAUGACACUUGGUAUAAAUCAACGAGGGGUCUACGUAUCAGAUUUUGAAGAUCCAUUUUUGGAACAAUCCAGAGAGUUCUACCGUACAGAAAGUCAAAACUUUUUGUCUGAAAAUUGCGCUAGCGUUUACAUUAAUAAGGUUGAGCAAAGGAUCAACGAAGAAGCAACUAGAGCUGAAGUUUACCUAGAUGCUUCUACUAAACCUAAUAUAGUCAAAGUUUUAGAAGAAGAGCUAAUUUGUAAGCAUAUGAAGACUAUCGUUGAAAUGGAAAAUUCUGGGGUAGUUCACAUGCUUAAAAAUGAUAAAAUAGACGAUUUACAAUGUAUGUACAAGUUAUUCGCUCGAGUUCCUGACGGUUUAAAGACAAUGAUGGAGUGUAUAAGUGGAUACUUACGGGAACAGGGAAGAGCUUUAGUGAGCGAAGAAGAGACUGGAAAAAAUGCUAUUGCUUUCGUUCAAGCACUCUUGGAUUUGAAAGACCGUUUCGAUAAUUUAUUAAAAAGAAGCUUUGCUAAUGAUGUCCAAAUUAAGCAAACAAUUUCAAGAGACUUUGAAUAUUUUAUUAACUUAAAUACGAAAGCACCAGAGUAUUUGAGCCUGUUUAUUGAUGAUAAACUGAAGAAAGGUGUUAAAGGAAUGACCGAGAAUGAAAUUGAAAACAUUCUUGACAAAUCAAUGGUUUUAUUUAGGUAUUUACAAGAAAAAGAUGUAUUUGAACGAUAUUAUAAACAACAUCUCGCCAAACGACUCCUACUCGAUAAGAGUGUUUCGGAUGAUAGUGAAAAGACAAUGAUUACAAAGUUAAAAACUGAAUGUGGCUGUCAAUUCACCUCCAAAUUAGAAGGAAUGUUUAAAGAUAUGAGUGUUUCUAAAACAACAAUGGAAAAAUUCCGUGAAGAAGUUCGAACAGAGUUACCCUUAGAUUUAUCUGUUAGAGUUUUAACAACUGGUUUCUGGCCCACUCAGGCUGCCACUCCCAAAUGUCGAAUACCAGAAAUGGCUAGUCGAGCAUUCGAAUGUUUUACAAAAUUUUAUUUAAGCAAACAUUCAGGAAGACAAUUAACCCUUCAACCUCAAUUGGGAUCAGCUGAUUUACAUGCACAGUUUUAUGGGAGGGAGUCUUCUGAAAAUGCUUUGGGUAAAUCCGCAAUCCGAAAGCAUAUUAUACAGGUCUCCACAUACCAAAUGGUCGUAUUAAUGUUAUUUAACGAACGCGACGCUUGGACGUUUGAUGACAUUAAAAACGAAACUUACAUUCCCGAUAAGGAUUUAAUACGAGCUCUUCAGUCACUCGCAUUGGGAAAGAUUGGUCAAAGGAUUUUGGUUAAGGAGCCGAAAAGUCGAGAUAUAGAGGGAACUCAUGUAUUUUCGGUCAACGAUGCGUUCACUUCAAAGUUACAUCGUGUUAAAAUUCAAACUGUAACAACAAAAGGUGAAUCGGAACCCGAGAGGAAAGAAACUCGUAACAAGGUCGACGAGGAUAGGAAACACGAAAUUGAAGCUGCUAUAGUUAGGAUCAUGAAAGCUAGAAAGAGAUUGCAGCAUAACGUUUUAGUUGCUGAGGUGACUGAGCAGUUGAAAGCAAGAUUCUUACCAAGCCCCGUCGUAAUCAAGAAGAGAAUAGAAGGAUUGAUCGAAAGAGACUAUUUGGCGAGGACACCGGAAGAUCGAAAAGUGUACACGUAUGUCGCCUAAAACAAACAAAAAAAGAACUGAUAACUCAUAUAUACAUUUAAUAUAAUGUAUUAAAUAAAGCAUAUAUAUAUAUAUAUAUAGAUUGUUUGUAUAUAAA